UCUCCAAGAUCUUACUUCAAGAAAACAGAGUUGCGGAAUAUCUACGAUCAAGAACAGAGUCCCGCCGACGAGUCUCUUUUUCGUUUCCGAUGAAGACGGUGGCGUUUGGGCGGGGAGACCGAGUGGAAGUGGCGAGCGAGGAAGAAGGGUUUCACGGCUCCUACUUCGAGGGCACGGUGGUGGAAGUUCUGGGUUCGAGCCAGUACAAGGUGGAGUACGUCAAUCUGACGACGGAGGAGGACGAGUCGGAGCUCCUGAUCGAGACCGUCUCCGGCGAGUUCAUCCGGCCGGUCCCGCCUCGCAUCCGCUUCGGGAGCGGCGGGUUCGGCGUGAUGGACGCGGUGGACGCGUGGGACAACGACGCGUGGUGGGUCGGGAGAGUGACGGGGAAGAAAGGGCCGAUGUACUACGUCUACUUUGACUACACCGGCGACGAGAUCGCUUACCCUGUUUCGAUGCUGCGAGUUCAUCUGGAUUGGGUCAACGGGCAGUGGGUUUCGCCGGAUAAAAGCAAGAAACGGGGCCGCGAUUCGACGCAAUCCGAACCGGCCAAGAGCGUGGAGAAGGAGGAGAAGAAGAAGCAGAAGAUGAGAAGGAUUUCUGAUAUGGUGUAUGCUAUUAGAGUUUAACUGGUUGAGAAGAAUCAUGUAAAAUCUGCAUACUAGUACUUUGUUUUACG